UGUUUCUCGGGUUAUUGCAGCGGACACUUGAUCGAUGGGAUUUUCACGGAACCGACCUUGGAGCUGGGCUACAAUCUAGUGGCCACAGUUCCUCGAGGUGCUCUGGCUCUGAACGUGACACAAUUGCGACACACGGAGAAUUAUUUGGCAAUCAAACUGCAGAAUGGUACCUAUUUCCUGAAUGGAAAUUACAAUAUCAACUUGUCUGGCAAGUAUCAAGCAGCAGGGACAACUUUUGUGUACCUUCGUCAAGGACCUCAACAUUUGGAAAGUUUCUCUGCUACUGGCCCUUUGCAGGAGUCAGUCGAUGUCAUGGUUCUAUAUCAAGAACCAAAUCCGGGUAUAGUUUACCGAUACAUUAUCCCAGGAAAUGGGAAUGUCCCCACGAAUACACAUUUUGGACACAAAGCAGUCGCCGGCAAAGCUGGAGAACCAAUUAUACCAAGUACUUUGAAUAGAAGAAUAGAUGGUGGUUCGAUGAUCAACAAUGCAACACAAUCACCCUAUCUUUCGCGACGAGGUAAAAAGAGAAAAUUCGUCUGGAAAGCGAUCGGUUAUACGGGAUGCAGUCAAACUUGUGGCGGAGGCUUCCAAAUGCUGAAAUAUAUAUGCGUGAAAGAACACACACAAACAUUGGUGCCUGGGAAACGAUGUCACACAGAAAAACCACGGGAUCUUCAACGAUGCAACACCAUGCCUUGUCCUCCCAAAUGGAAACCCGGUCCUUGGAGCCACUGCUCGGUCACAUGCGGUACAGGGUCUCGAACCAGGGAAUUAGAGUGUGUACAAGAAAUAAAACCGUCGUUGGUAAUGAGGAUAGCCGACGGCGCCUGCACGGAACCGAAAAUUCUUCCUACGACCGAGACUUGUGAAACGACGCCGUGUGAAUACGAUGCUAAAAUAACGCCGACGACGAUACCGCCUCCGCAAUGGAACGUGGGCACAUGGUCUUCGUGCUCCACGUCUUGCGGGCUAGGUAAAAGGACAAGAAUGGUAACAUGCGUCACGCAAGGACUUCCCUGCGAUCUUGAAACGAAGCCUGACACUCAAGAACCUUGCGACUAUGAACCUUGCACGAUUAAAGCGACACCAUUAUCCGUCAUUUCCACAGAACCUGAAGGAAUACAAUGGUUAUACACCGAAUGGUCCGAAGGGUGUUCAUCCGAAUGCGGGACUGGCGUGCAAACUAGAAAAGUUUUCUGCGACGAUACACCGAGAGAAGUGUAUUGCGAUCCAGCAAGUCAACCGGAAACUACGAGGACUUGUUCUAGCAACAGAACCUGCAGUGGACAAUGGUUCACGGGACCUUGGUCGGAGUGCUCUACACAAUGUGAUUCAGGGGAACAAGUCAGAGAAGCAGUCUGUGUAACCACUCUUCGAGGAUCACUGCGACUGGUUCUGGACAUGAAUUGUCCCGCAAAUAAACCGGAAACGAGAAGACCUUGUAACGGCCCGCCAUGCGAGUCCACGUGGUUCAUAUCGGAUUGGACAGAAUGUUCUCGAUCAUGCGGGAAAGGUAUCCAGGAAAGGGAAGUAAGGUGCCUGAACAGACACGGUCACUCGCCUGAUCCUCAUGAACUCCAUUGCAAGGAAAAAGACAAACCGAUAUAUCGCCGGGUCUGUAACGAUUAUCCUUGCAAGGACGACGUACACAUCUCCGAGAAUCAUCACCGAGUUCUGCAAGUUCAAGACGACCCAGAAAUCUCGAACGUUUUAGACGAAAAUCCAGAUUGCAAGGACAGCAGGUCGAACUGCAAUUUAGUUGCACAAGCCCGGCUCUGCACUUAUCACUUCUAUCAACAAUUCUGCUGCCUCUCGUGCUCCAGAGCGAAGCAAGAAGAGUGAGUUCAGAUCUAGUGUUUCAGUGAUUAAUUAAACUCGCGACUGAAUUACGGUAAGUGUAGUACGUACGUAUAGAGUAGGGUGGUCCCCUCCCCUAAAUUGAAACACUUACUGAAAAAAUUUGUGUAAAAUUUGAAGGUAAUCGAAGACCAGGAACCAGUGCCACAUUUGUGUUAAAGAUUGAAAAUGUUAAUGAUUUAAUUUUAUUUUCAAACAUAAUUGUUUUUCGUUGUUUUAUGUACUUUUUUUGAAUAGAGGACAACGUUUUAGAUGAAUAAUGAUGUACUGUAUGUGUUACUUCUAAAACCACAUAUAAGAGCCUUAAAUUUUUAUUUGUUAUUAACCCUUUGCUCUCGAAGCCAAGUUAUCUCUAAAUCUCAAAUUGGUUUUCUGAUCUACAGUGUUUCCAUUUUAUAUGAUUUAAUGCAUUUUAUGCACAUGAAUUUGAGUCUUGUGGCUCAAUAAACAGUUACACUUUUUUAAAUAUAAACAGAUUUUAUAACGUAAAAGUUAUUUUGUACGCGAUAUAUGUAUAACAAUUUUUAGUAGUACCUCAGAGUCAUUACUCUAGUGCAAAAGGUAGAUCAAUGUAUGAUGCUGACAAAGGAGACUAUAUCGAAUCUGGAUACACUUAUUUUAAUGAAAUUUUUGUGAGAGGUAGUUAUCAGAAAAAUAUUUAACAUAUACUUUUUCAUAGGUCAUCAUCGAUGUUGGUAAGGUAAUUUUGUAUACACUUUUGGAAAUAAGACACAAAGUUUAUCAUUAUUCAUUUAAGACAUACACUUCUGGUCAAAAACGUUUAACGAUAUUUCCAAAAUAGAGAAGUACAAUUACGUUAAACAAUGGCAUGAAGUCGUUAAAAUUUUUUAACUUUAAUACAAAUACGAUACAAGUUCCCAUUGUCCGAUUGCCUCCAAAUUUUGCGCACAUUAUUUUCCCAUGAAGUGUCACAAUUUAGUCAGAUAAUACCAGAAAAAAAGAAAAUCAAAAAAUAAGGAUCGCCCUAGUGUAGGUUUGUAAUACUUACCUCCACAUCGUCUCACAGAAUCUUCAGCGUCGAAUAUUGUACGGGCCGUUUCAGAAUUAUAGACGCAAAUUUAACCAAUUAAUAAGACAGAGUAACAUAGUAUUACGACCGUAACAAACUUGUAUGUUUAUAAAGUAUUUCUUGCACUUAAAGAUCUAACAAAAAUAACACACAAUCGUAUUUAUCUCUAUAUAUGUAGCUACGGAAGUCUCCGAGGUUAUUUCGUUAUUUUACUCGUUAUCUUCUGCGAAUUAAUUUCAGCUGUAAUUCGAUAACACUUUGUACCGAAAGGUGAUAUUUAGCUGCAAAAAUAUGUUAAGUAUGUCUUACAUGAAAUUGAAAAAUUAACAGCUCGACAUAAUACAUAAAUCAUAAUAUUUGUAACGUUUUGUACCUUUUAGAAAGCGAAUUAUUUAUCAAGUUGCGACACAAUCGCAGGCGUUCUAGAAUAUACUAACUAAAAACAAAACAUGUACAAGGAUCGUGCCUUUGGUAUAAUUAAACAAAUGAUUUUAAACGUGUUCAUCGACGAGAAAUUAUAGACUGAAUGUUUACAUCGUAAUAAGGCAAUAUUGGCAUUUAAUUUGUAUCAUUUUCCGUUAUCUUUACUUGCCAUAAUAAAUGUUACGCUUUCUACGUAA